CUCAACCCUUUUUGGAACCAGAGACACUCUCUGCUUCCCCCACAAAAAAAAAAAAGAAACACUAUAACAUACCUAGUAGUAGUUUCUUUUCCGUUCCUUUUUCUUCAAAGUCCCCGUCGACUUCAUCUCUCGCUAGACAAGGCUUCGAGACCCCCGAAGCACGCGACAGACAUCGCAUGCGGCCUAGUCGCAUAUGGACUUCAGCUCGUUUAUCACAGCAUCCCGGUUGCCUUGAACCCUGCUUACCUGCAUGAGCUCGGCGCCACCAGCCUCUCAACACAAUCGACUGUUGGAUCUCGCAGCCUGUCGCGAAGUCUAGACCACACGUGCCUCUCUUUGCUGCUCCUCCUCUUUUACUUACCCACUUCUUUUGCUUUUCUUUUUUAAAACUCUUGAAUCUUCCUUUCUCGCCUUGUGCCUUUAGCGACGUCCUUUUUCGCAACUCUUCGUGCUGUCGUGAUACCCUCCGUCCUUCGCAGACGGUCUUGUCCUCGCCCAUCAUGUCCUCCUCGUCCAAGCUGGGCGCAAGCCCGCCCAUGGUGGACUCCAAGCAGCUGGAGAGCAACCAGCUGUCGAGCGUCGAAGACUCCGCCGACCACCUCCUUGAGACCCUCGGCUAUACGCCCGAACUGUCGCGCAAUCGAUCGACGGCCCAAGUCGCCUUCAUGUCCUUCGUCCUCGCCUCGAUCCCGUACGGUUUAGCCACGACGUUAUACUACCCUCUGCUGGGAGGUGGCCCUGUCGAUAUUAUCUGGGGAUGGGUCCUGGUCUCUCUCAUCAUCAUCUGCGUCGCUGCCUCGCUGGGUGAAAUCACGAGCGUUUAUCCUACUGCCGGAGGUGUCUACUAUCAAGCGUUUAUGCUGGCUUCUCCUAAAUGGAGGCGCAUUGCAAGUUGGAUCACCGGUUGGCUCUUCGUCGUCGGCAAUAUUACAAUCACCCUAGCCGUCAACUUUGGCAGCACCUUGUUCUUCGUUUCUUGUAUCAAUGUGUUCGAGAAGGAGCCUGGUGUCGGUAUCUUCGCAGGUGAAACAUGGCAGGUCUUCCUCAUCUUCUUGGCCCUGACGUUGUUCUGCAAUGCCGUGUCUGCGUUUGGCAACAAGUGGCUCCCUUGGCUAGAUACUGCCGCUGUUUUCUGGACAUUCGCCGGUGUCAUUGCCCUCAUGGUCACCAUUCUGGUGCUUGCCAAGGAGGGCCGAAAUGACGCCAAAUGGGUGUUUGGUCACUUCGAAUCUUUCUCUGGCUGGCCUAGUGGCUGGUCUUUCUGUGUCGGUCUGCUCCAUGCUGCCUAUGCCACCUCUUCAACAGGAAUGAUUAUUUCUAUGUGCGAAGAAGUCAAGGACCCUGCCACUCAGGUCCCCAAGGCCAUGGUUGCCACCAUCGUCAUCAACACUAUUGCUGGUCUUCUUUUCCUCGUCCCGCUCGUCUUCGUCAUUGACGACCUGCAAGCGCUCGCUGAACUGGUUUCCGCUCAGCCUGUGCCUCCCAUCAUCAAGUCCGCCGUCGGCUCUUCUGGUGGUGCCAUUGGCCUCCUUAUUCCGAUUAUGGUCCUCGCCGUCAUGUGCGGCAUUGGCUGCACCACUGCUGCGUCUCGUUGCACUUGGGCUUUUGCUCGUGAUGGUGCCAUCCCUGGCUCUAAGUGGUGGGUCAAGGUCAACAAGACUCUGGAUGUACCUUUCAACGCCAUGAUGCUCAGUAUGGUCGUACAAAUCAUCCUCGGAGUCAUCUACUUCGGUUCUUCCGCCGCCUUCAACGCCUUCUCUGGUGUUGGUGUCAUUUGCCUGACCGCCGCAUAUGGAACUCCCGUCGCCAUCAGUCUGUUUAGCGGAAGAAAGCAAAUUCGCAAGGGCAAGUUCUAUCUCGGCCAUCUUGGUACUUUCUGCAAUGUUGUCACAGUUGCCUGGUCUUUGCUUGCUAUGCCGCUGUUUUGCAUGCCGACUGUCAUCCCCGUCACCGCCGAGACGGUCAACUAUGCUCCCGUUGUGUUCAUUGCCGCGACGGCCAUCUCCGGCAUUUGGUACUGGGCCUGGGGCCACAAGAACUAUGCCGGCCCCCCUGUGCAUGAAGAUUAAGCGAGUUUUGACCCUUUUAAUUUUUAAAUAUAUAUACUUCUCGAUAAGGACAAAAAAUGGAUUUUGGAUACCCAAGGAGUGGCGUUCGGGGGCGGGUGUUUUCAGAUGAAUGAUGAUGGCGGGAAACAAAAUUUACAUAGUUGUCUGAAUAAAUCAUGAGUUUUGAAAACUCGACUUGUCGUCGUUUGCUCUUU